AUGCAGGCAGCGGUAGCAGCAACAGAUGGGCCCGGACGCAACGCCCGAGCGGAGUCGGGAAAUCUGAUUCCAACAGCUCCCGUAACUCAUCUAGCAGAGUUCGGGGGCGAACAGACUCCUUCACCACGAACGUAUGCCCUGCGCUCUUCCGGGCCCUUGGAUCAGGCGAUCAACCGCGACCUUGCUCUCACGGCAACACGCCUGGACGGUGCGGACAAGCUCCUGAGCGAGUCACCGGCUACUUCUCUCCGGCACCUGACUACUGUCGCCACCACGACGGCUGGCAUCGACAAGGCAGGGGAGGGCGGCCUGGCAAACACUUGGCCAACCGCUCGCCCUUCCAGUAUGAGGAUCGACGGUCAGAGAACCCUCCUCUCCAGGACGACGCCUCCCCACCAAAAGAAGGUCGCCAGGCCUUCUGCUGCGAGGUUGCCGCGCGACAAGGGAAUGCACUCCGAUACGCUCAGGGAGUUUCUGUUGCCUUCUUCCGUGGCCAACCCCUCGGAGACGUCUACCAACAUGGUCCGGAGCUGGGAGGUGUUCAAAGUCCUCACGCUUGACCUAGGACUGCAGCUCUCCGAAGGCGACAAACAGCUGAUAUCGGCGCGGUUUGGAGACGGGGAGGACGGCGGCAAGGUAGACCCGGAUGCCCUGCUGGCAGCCAUCGCGCUCGAUCAUCCCGAAACGGGCGGUAAUGCCGUCUCCACAGCAGCAACCCCGCCCUCGACAGCAGUCCCUCCUAAGACUGGCGGAACGAUGACGCUCGAACACAACGCCGAUCCUGGCCAUAGCCACAAAUGCCGUCUGCACCGAAACGAAGGGGCACAGGCGGCAACAAGUGACGUGACCAAACGAAGCUGGGCCGACGGUAAGGCUGGCGUGGACGAGUCGAGGGUAGACGCAGGUGUUCCAACGAGGAAGGAUCGAAGCGUUGACGAUUCGGAGCAACCCUCGGGUCAUGUCUUGGGAGACCCCGAGGGAGGCGAUCCGACGGAUCAAGCUCCCCCGGCCUACGAAGAUCUGGUGAUGCAAUCUCCUAGGAUCGAGGGCAAAGGUCCGGCGGGGGCGGAGGCGACAAUAGAAGAGAUCGCUCUACGAGCGGAACGGAAAUACUCAGGAGAUUCCUUGAACGAGUGGGACGAUAUCAGAACUAGAGAUCGAAGCGGGAACGCUGCGGGAAGCAAUGAUGGCACCCGUGAUAAGGCCGCCGCCGCCGCCGCCGCGAGGGAGGCCGCCGCGCUCCAAGAGGAAAACGCCAAGCUUCGGUCGGAGCUGGAAGUGUUCGACCUCGGCUUUUUCGAAGAAGUCGAAGACCUCAAGUACAGCUACGCGUCGCUCCGGCGGGAGGCCGACAAGCUGGCCAGGAAGCAAGGCAUCCUAAGCCUGUCCAAGUCGUUGGACUUGCCUGAGGAGGGGGAGGAGCCGUGGGAUCGAUCUGUGGACAUGGCCCAUCACUCGGUGGACUGGGCAGAGACGGCCAAGAAUCAGAGGACUGCCGCGGGGAGAGGCGGCGGCAGCCCCAGGUCGCCCCCCCGAGGAACCCACGCCGCUCGUCUGGCGAGACGAUGGGACUUACUUUCGUCCGGCGUCGCCGCCGAUGUAGAAGAAGUGGGGUUCCCCGUCGGAUCACCCACCCGGGGGCACGGAGGAACCAUCCCCGGGCGUGUAAGCGUUGCCCCAGGAGAGGGGAGGUAUCGCGGUGGUGGGAUUGGAGGGAGGGGCGAGGCGUUUGCCGUGACCCCGCACCCGCAGCGCGGGCUGAUAGCCGCUCAUGAACGGAAGCUGGCGUGGGAGAUCUCUUGCGGUGGCAUGGGAUCUCUGGCGCGUCUAAGGGAGAACACCGGGCGGGUAGGCCCCGCAGCGGCGGUAGCAGCAGAAGACGGCUUCUGGUCCGACGAACAGGUGUUCCUCGCGCUUCGGAACUCCGGGUACGCGCUCGAGCUGGAAGACGUCGCCGUCCUGAGGACCGGUCUGGGGAACGACGCCAAGGGCCGGGUGGACCUCGAGGAGUUCAUGGGCAUGUGCGAGGACAUCGCUUCGGUGGAAGAGUGGUACUUGCCGCCUGGUUCCGCUGUGGCGGCAACCGUCGCUGGCGGGGCGAACGGGGGGUCCCCGGCAAAAAGAAGCGGCGGCGGCGGCGCAUUCGCAAGCGGUUCACUGCCUUCUGGCAUGCUCUUGCGAGAGCAAGGAGAUGAAGUGCUGGGAGAGAGACGAGCUGGAGGAGGAGGCGGAUUCGAACCACCGGAACGAAACUCAAGAGGCGGAGGACUUCCGUCUUCAACCAACGGAGUAACAUCCUUCCCCGUCUCUGCUGGCCAGGUACCACUCGAGACGCUCUAUCUGGGGGGAACCGUCUACGGGGAAAAAAGUUUCCUGGAACCUACCAAAACCGUCGAAAGCGUACUCGCAGAGCUGAAAGACCAGCUGUCGCUGCUUGACAUUGAUCACCUUUUUCCGGCGCGGGAUCACGGAGCCCGUGGUACUGGAAGCGGUGAGGUUGCUGUCACCACGCUCGGGAAAGCCGUCGGCGCCAGGUUCAGCAGGCGAGACCCGACGCAAUCCGGGCUCUUGAGCGCGAGAGAGGUAGGCCUUGCGCUGGAGGACGUUGGGGUGUGCCUUCAAGCCGACGAGGUCAUCACCCUCGCGAAAAGGUUCAAACCUCCGGUAGGGGGCCCACAAGAAAGUCGGGGAAGCGGAAACGAUCGUUCGAGGAGAAGAGAGGGUUACGCAUCUGGUGCUGCGACUGUCGUUGAUCUCGACGGCGGUGGGCUUGACGGCGUGGUCGCGGAGUAUGCGCCACUUGUUCGGCUAGUCGUGGAUACCCUCGCGGAAGCUAGCGGGGUAGAUUCCGCUGUCGGGGGACGGGUCAGGCUGGGGCAGAAGAAAGCGAAGUGGAACGAGCGGAUGCCAGCGCCGGCAAAGCGUCUAAGAUCUGCCCUUACAGCGGGGAGGGGGAGAGGUGGGCUGGAACGGCUUCGGCAGAGGUUCCAAGAUUUCGACAUCGACGGUGACGGGUGUCUAGGCAGGCGGGAGUUCGUGCGGGCCCUGAACCUCGCGCUGGCGUGCGAAACGGGGGAUGAUAGCGACCCAUCCCCUUACUUCACGGUGGGAGGGGUGCUGUCGGAGCAGGAGGCUUCGGAGCUCAUGGGCCGUCUCGACAGAGAUCGGGAUGGCAGGGUAUCCUGGGAAGGAUUUGUCGAGUAUUUCGCUGACGCGGUACACGGCGAGGAGGGAGGGGGUCGCGGUGGUGGGCAUCCUGAGUCUUGGUUCCAGCUGGAGGUGGACAUCGCGGAGAAACUCCUCCAACAACUUGAAGCCCAGGGAGGGUGUACAGCGAGAAGGGCAUGGGUUAAUAGCCUCAGACGACGGUUUCAGACGGCUGACAUCCACGAAACUGGGACCCUAAACAGAGAUGCGUUUUUCCGGUGCCUCAGAAGCAUGCACGUUUCGCUUUCUGCAAGGGAAGGUGAGAGGCUGUUCCUGUCCCUGCUGCCGACAACAACAGACCCCACGCGAGGCGCGAGAUACCCCGAGCUGGUCAACUUUUUGCGUGGCAAGAACGCUAAGUGGUACGACGUCGAGAGUGACAUCGCCGACAAGGUGGGCUCAUGUUCUUGUUGA